AUGUUUCUCACAAGGACUGAGUAUGACAGAGGAGUAAACACCUUCUCCCCUGAAGGCAGGUUGUUUCAGGUUGAGUAUGCCAUUGAGGCCAUCAAGUUGGGUUCGACUGCUAUUGGGUUAAAGACAAAAGAGGGUGUUGUGCUUGCUGUGGAAAAACGUAUCACUUCGCCUUUACUGGAACCCAGCAGUGUGGAGAAAAUAAUGGAAAUUGAUGACCAUAUAGGAUGUGCUAUGAGUGGACUGAUUGCUGAUGCUCGUACACUUGUUGAGCAUGCACGCGUUGAAACUCAGAAUCAUAGGUUCUCCUAUGGUGAGCCAAUGACUGUGGAAUCUACAACACAAGCUCUUUGUGAUCUGGCCCUUCGGUUUGGUGAAGGUGAUGAAGAGUCCAUGUCUCGACCAUUUGGAGUAUCUCUUCUAAUUGCAGGUCAUGAUGAGCAUGGGCCCAGCUUGUACUAUACUGAUCCAUCUGGCACAUUUUGGCAAUGCAAUGCAAAAGCUAUUGGCUCAGGUUCAGAAGGUGCAGACAGCUCUCUGCAAGAGCAAUACAACAAGGAGUUGACUCUUCAAGAAGCUGAGACAAUUGCUCUGUCUAUUCUUAAGCAAGUUAUGGAAGAAAAGGUGACUCCCAAUAAUGUUGAUAUCGCAAAGGUUGCUCCAACAUACCAUCUGUAUACCCCUUCUGAGGUGGAGGCUGUCAUUAGUCGCCUAUAA